AUGUCCAUCACCAGAGCCUCCCUCGAAGCUCUCUUCUGCAUGCGCCAGGUCCACGCUGCGGAGCACCUGGAGAUCUCGCUGACGGCGCUGAAGAACGCGUGCAAGUCACUAGGGAUCGAUCGCUGGCCGUACAGCAAAGGCCCCACACAAGGAAUUGCUACUCCAUGCCAGACAGCAGCGUUCCAUGUAAAGGACUCGCCGAGGCUGUCGGAAGGAAAGGAAGAUGAGGAUGAGAUUGAGGACAAGGAUGAUGGGUAUGUUGUGAAUGUCAGCACUGAAGAUUCAGAGCUUCUGCAUGUUGAAUCCCAUCGGCCGUUGGAACUAGAUCAACCCGACUCUGAUCACAACAUGUACAUACCUCCAAGUUGGUCUCCUCAAGAUCUGUACCUCGAGCCGCGUGACUCAAAUCCUCUCAUGGCUGAGAGCGAUCCACCAGAACAGCAUGAUGGAGACUCUGCAGACGAGCCGAUGGAACUGACAAGAGAAUGGAUCGAGUGGUUUGUUGGACUAGCACACGACGACCCAACGAUAGAUAUGGAUGUUGAUUGGACUUGA